UGAUUAUCAACAUGUUAAUUAAUAUUUUGCGAUUUUCUAUAUGUUAUUCCAAUGGCUGGAGAACAGUUAUUGCUUAACUUGCGAUAAUAUUUCACCAUAGCAUAGUAAACUCAUCAUGCAAGGCAUGGGGUGAAGGAAGAAUGAUUAUGUGAUCCCUUCCUGCCUAACAUUGAACUGUUGAUCCAAUAUCUGCUUGGCCGUUCCGGAAUCUCUUGCUCUAGUUAUUGAUUGGGAAUAUUGGAAGACAAAUACAUCAAUUUAGCAUUGCUUGGUCCAAGGUGCCAAAGGGGGGAAAAUAACUUGUUCCUCUAUUCAAAUUAUUGUUUACAGUCUAUGUUAAAUAGUUUGCUAGGCAAUGGCAGAUAUACUCCCAGAAGGUUUGAUUGAGUGCUCAUUAAGUCAUUCCAAUGGAAUCUUACUUUCCUUGUAACUCUAGUAAAGCUGGCAGCUCAUUCAUAAGUACAUAUAUGGAAUCAGUCUGAUUUCAAGGAAAGACCAACCAUGAAAAACUUCUCCAACCCAAAACAAAAAAAUCCAUUUGGUUUGCCUAAAUCCCUAAACCACCUGAUGCCACCACAAGCUGCUCCUGGACACUUUGAAAAUGUCAGACUUGCUGGCAGGAACGUUGGGGCGUCCAUGAUAAUGGGCGACGGUGGGUCCAGUGAGUCUCCUGGAAGUUGCAGCAUAAACAUUUAUAUAAACAACGAUAUACAGGGGAUUAACAAUUCUGUGUUAAUUGGUAGUGAGGUGAAGAUGGGAGAUCCUGGAGUUAGCUUGUGUUUGGAAGAAGUGAAAAUGGACAGAGGGUUUCGGCUCAUAACCAAGAAAAAGGAAAGAGAUUUUGCUACUUGGGUUUUGUUGAUCGCAUUUAUAAUACUAGUCAUCUCUGUUUUUGCUUAUUUAAUAAUGUUGUUUUCGGAAAAUCUGAUGAGACGCCGCCAGGCGGCGGUGCUAACGUCUGGUGAGAUUAUGGAGAAGGGGCAAGGGAAGAGUCAGAUUUCAUGUCUUUGUUUAUUAGCCUUAUUAUCAUCUUUCAUUUGGAUUUGUCUGUUGUACUUCCAUUUUAUGGUCCUUGGUGGUAGAACUGUUACUGAUACCUCCCCUGAGUUAAACCUUGUUCCAAUUGAGGCCACUUCACUGAAUUCUCUGCCCCUUGAUUCGAAUCCCUCCCCCAUUAGUCACUCUGUUACCGUUCAUCGUCCUGAAGUUGAUGUUGGGCUUCAGAGAGGAAGGGUGGUUGAUAAUGCUUCGAAAGAUGAAGUCCCGAGUCAGGUGAAGCCAAGAGAAAGAGUUGCUGGUUAUGCUUCGAAAGAUAAAAUCCCGGAUCAAGUGAAGCCAAUUAAUGUGAAAUCCCCGCCUUUGGGAGAGAAAAUCAAAGAUAAGCAGAACUAUCCUUUUAUGAGGGCAUUGAGAACAGUAGAUAAUAAGAGUGAUCCAUGUGGGGGAAGGUACAUUUAUGUUCACAAUCUUCCUCCGAGGUUCAAUGAGGAUAUGCUUAAGGAGUGUAAGAGUCUUAGCAUGUGGACCAACAUGUGUAAGUUCACCACCAAUGCUGGGCUUGGUCCACCGUUGGAGAAUGUUGAAGGGGUUUUCUCGGAUACUGGGUGGUAUGCUACAAAUCAGUUUGCAGUGGAUGUGAUAUUUGGCAAUCGGAUGAAGCAAUACGAAUGCUUGACAAAUGAUUCGUCUCUUGCUGCUGCUAUUUUUGUGCCCUUUUAUGCGGGAUUUGAUAUUGCAAGGUAUCUUUGGGGGUACAACGUAUCAACUAGGGAUGCUGCAUCCCUUGCUUUGGUUGAUUGGCUCAUGAAGAGGCCGGAAUGGAAGAUAAUGGGGGGAAAGGAUCACUUUCUUGUGGGGGGUAGGAUAACAUGGGAUUUCAGACGAUUAACCGACCAAGAGUCAGACUGGGGUAACAAGCUUCUGUUCUUGCCGGCUGCCAGAAACAUGUCCAUGCUUGUGGUGGAAUCAAGUCCUUGGCAUGGAAAUGAUUUUGGGAUUCCAUAUCCUACUUACUUCCAUCCUGCAAAGGAUGCUGAAGUGUUUGCCUGGCAGAACAGAAUGAGGAAACUGGAGCGGAAAUAUCUUUUUUGUUUUGCGGGUGCACCACGUCCCGGCAACCGCAAAUCGAUCCGUGGGCAGAUCAUUGAUCAAUGCAAGAAUUCAAAGGUGUGCAAACUUUUGGAAUGUGAUUUUGGGGAAAGUAAGUGCCAUUCUCCUAGCAGCAUCAUGCAGAUGUUUCAGAGCUCCCUUUUCUGUUUGCAACCUCCAGGUGAUUCAUUUACAAGAAGAUCAGCAUUUGACUCCAUGUUGGCUGGCUGUAUACCUGUGUUUUUCCAUCCUGGAUCGGCCUACACUCAAUACACCUGGCAUUUGCCAAAGAAUUAUUCACAAUAUUCAGUGUUAAUUGCAGAGGGUGACAUUCGUAGGAAUGUUAGCAUAGAGCAACAACUCAAAACAAUUUCUGUCAAAAAGGUGAAGGAAAUGAGAGAGGCGGUCAUAAAUCUCAUUCCAAGGGUAAUAUAUGCAGAUCCUCGCUCUAAGCUGGAGACAUUGAAGGAUGCCUUUGAUAUAGCUGUUCAAGCAGUUAUCAACAAGGUCACAAAGUUGAGGAAAGACAUGGUUGAGGGCCGUAAAGAUGACUUUAUUGAGGAGCUUAGUUGGAAAUAUGCUUUGUUGGAAGAAGGUCAAUAUAUAGGGCCUCAUGAAUGGGAUCCAUUUUUUGCAAAACGGAAAAAAGAUGGCGAGCCUGAUACUGACACAACAAGGAUGAAGACGUGCAACAUGUUGCGUGUUGGAUUAUGCCUAUUAUUGUUAUUUCCUAUGUUUUUAAUUUUACUACUGUAA